CCGACUGGAUCUUUUAGGCACUGACUCCGAACAGGAUUCUUUUUUCACCCGGGCAUCUCCAUCUCCGGUGGGAUCCGCCAGCAAGUCGGCCAGCAGCAUGUGGGUGACCAAACUUCUGCCAGUCCUCUUGCUGCAGCCCGUCCUCCUACACCUCCUUCUGCUGCCCACGGCCAUCCCCUCUGCAGCGGGACAGAAGAAAAGAAGAAAUACACUUCAUGAAUUCAAAAAGUCAGCCAAGACUACUCUAAUCAAAGAAGAUCCAUUACUGAGGAUUAAGACAAAAAAAAUGAACACAGCAGACCAGUGUGCAAAUAGAUGUAUUAGGAAUAAAGGACUUCCAUUCACUUGCAAGGCCUUUGUUUUUGAUAAAGCAAGAAAAAGAUGUCUCUGGUUCCCCUUCAACAGCAUGUCUAGUGGAGUGAAAAAAGGGUUUGGCCAUGAAUUCGACCUCUAUGAAAACAAAGACUACAUUAGGAACUGCAUCAUUGGUAAAGGGGGAAGCUACAAGGGAACAGUGUCUAUCACAAAGAGUGGCAUCAAGUGUCAGCAUUGGAAUUCCAUGAUACCUCACGAACACAGCUUUUUGCCUUCGAGCUAUCGGGGGAAAGACCUACAGGAAAACUACUGUCGAAAUCCUCGAGGAGAAGAAGGGGGACCGUGGUGUUUCACAAGCAAUCCAGAGGUACGCUACGAAGUCUGUGACAUUCCUCAGUGUUCAGAAGUUGAAUGUAUGACCUGCAAUGGGGAAAGCUAUCGAGGGCCUAUGGAUCAUACUGAAUCAGGCAAGAUUUGCCAGCGUUGGGAUCAUCAGACACCACACCGGCACAAGUUUUUGCCAGAAAGAUAUCCCGACAAGGGCUUUGAUGAUAAUUAUUGCCGCAAUCCUGAUGGCAAGCCGAGGCCAUGGUGCUAUACUCUUGACCCUGACACCCCUUGGGAGUACUGUGCAAUUAAAAUGUGUGCUCACAGCACUAUAAAUGACACUCAUGUCCCUGUGGAAACAACUGAAUGCAUUCAAGGUCAAGGAGAAGGUUACAGGGGAACUGUCAGUACCAUUUGGAAUGGCAUUCCUUGUCAGCGUUGGGACUCCCAGUAUCCACAUGAGCACGAUGUAACUCCUGAAAAUUUCAAGUGCAAGGACCUAAGAGAAAAUUAUUGCAGAAAUCCAGAUGGCGCUGAGUCACCCUGGUGUUUUACAACUGACCCAAACAUCCGAGUUGGCUACUGCUCCCAAAUUCCAAAAUGUGACGUGUCCAGUGGACAAGAUUGUUACCGUGGAAAUGGAAAAAAUUACAUGGGAAAUUUAUCCAAAACAAGAUCUGGACUAACCUGUUCAAUGUGGGAUAAGAACAUGGAAGACUUACACCGUCAUAUCUUCUGGGAGCCAGAUGCUAGUAAGCUGAACAAGAAUUACUGCCGGAACCCUGAUGAUGAUGCUCACGGGCCCUGGUGUUACACAGGGAAUCCUCUCAUUCCGUGGGAUUACUGUCCCAUUUCCCGUUGUGAAGGUGAUACCACACCUACAAUAGUCAAUUUAGACCAUCCUGUAAUAUCCUGUGCCAAAACAAAACAGUUGAGAGUUGUAAAUGGGAUUCCAACACAGACGAAUGUGGGAUGGAUGGUUAGUUUGAAAUACAGAAAUAAACAUAUCUGCGGAGGAUCGUUGAUAAAGGAAAGUUGGGUUCUUACUGCAAGACAGUGUUUCCCUGCUAGAAACAAAGAUUUGAAAGAUUAUGAAGCUUGGCUUGGAGUUCAUGACGUCCAUGGAAGAGGAGAAGAGAAACGCAAGCAGGUUCUGAACAUUUCCCAGCUGGUAUACGGCCCCGAAGGAUCUGAUCUGGUCUUGCUGAAGCUUGAUAGGCCUGCUAUCUUGGAUAGUUUUGUUAGUACAAUUGACUUACCUAAUUAUGGAUGCACAAUUCCUGAAAAGACCACUUGCAGUGUUUAUGGCUGGGGCUAUACUGGAUUGAUUAACUCUGAUGGUCUGCUACGAGUAGCACAUCUCUAUAUUAUGGGGAAUGAGAAAUGCAAUCAGCACCAUCAAGGCAAAGUGACUCUGAGUGAGUCUGAGUUAUGUGCUGGAGCUGAAAAUAUUGGCUCAGGACCAUGUGAGGGGGAUUAUGGUGGCCCACUUGUUUGUGAACAACAUAAAAUGAGAAUGCUCCUUGGGGUCAUUGUUCCUGGCCGUGGAUGUGCAAUCCCAAAUCGUCCUGGAAUUUUUAUCCGAGUAGCAUACUACGCAAAGUGGAUGCACAAAGUUAUUUUAACAUACAAGGCCCAGCAGUCAUAGCUGAAGUGUCUGAAGCAUCCAUCAACCCAUAGAAAUCUUACAUGAAGAUUUCAGAGAAUGUGGAACUAAAAUGUCAGCUGAAAGAAUUUUAAAACAACUACUUGAGUGUCCUGUUUGUUAAGAUACUCACUAAUAUAUAGGGGUGUUAUCUGUUGUUCUGUUUGUCAGUGUUAUUUUUGUAAAUGUUGAAAUGAAUUAAGGUACAUGCAAGUGCAGUAACAUAUCUCCUGAAGAUACUUGAAUGGAUUCUUUAAAAUGCAAAGGUAUAAUUGCCAGAUGAGAAAAGAUUGAAUGGAGAAGAUCAAGUAGUCACUCACUAUGCUGCUUUCCAGGUUAAUUUCUUAAUGGUAAAUAAACUGUAAGUUAACUAUUAUUGUAACCUCACGAAGACAAUUUAUAACUUGUGUUCUUAAAUUGUAUGUCUAUAUUGAAUUAUGACUUUUCAUGUGCCACAUGUUGCAGUUCAUCCAUUCUUUCUUUCCAUGUAACCUGCAGUACUGGCCUACGAGUAUACUUAACAAAACAACAACAACCAAAAAAAUGCCCAUUGCAAAGCCUGGAAACACAGGUGUCAUGCACUGCAAUUAAAAUGGUGGUGUCUUCAAUAUAAUCUAAAUUGUUUGGAGGUAUGUGCCUAUAGUUUUUCUUCAAGAUAAAAACAUAGAAUAUAAACAGUAAAAAUAUUCAGGAAUGGUGCAGGAUAGAAAUGACUUUUAUGCACUAUCUAUAGAUGACCUCCACUGGUAGGCAUUUAAAAUAAGGCCAGGACCCACUACUUAAGUAAUCCCUAAUCUAGGUGUUUACAUAUAUUUAUUAUCCUAGUUAUUUCCUGUCAUUUUUUAAUUACUAAAGUGAAGAGAGUAAUGUGUGUAUUUGCACUAUUACUUUCCUCAAAAUUAGUACCACUUAUUUAUAUAAGGUACCUGUAGAUCUAUUUUCAUAAACCAUUUUUAAAUUCUCAAGUAUGUGUCUCAGUGAAGAAAUUUAUGGAUUUUUUUUCAUUAAAAGUAUAUGUAAAUAGGUUAAUUUCAAGACUUCCUACUGUGAUUGGCUUCUAACUCACUCUCCUUAAAUUGAAAUAAUAAGAAGAUGCAAGUUCCCAUGUCUCCCAAGUUUUAUCCAUGUUUUCUCAUAAAGUUAUGCAUAAAAGCAUAUUUUGGAGGAAAAAAUGGAACUUUGUGGAAGUUUUAUUCUUGCAAAAGGGGGAAAAUAGUAUAAAAAGGAAGGAAAAUAACUAGUUUGUCUAAACUCUAUUUGAUUAUUUUGUUCAAAAGAUAUUUGAAGCUCAUAGAUCAAACGUUUUAUCAAGAUAUUUCAUUUUAUCUUACUUUAUUUAACAUAGCUCUUUGCUAAUGCCAUAGGGAUUGUUCAUUUAAAUUUUUAUUCUGUCAUAGCUAAAUUAUUAUGUUAUCAUAGUGACUAGCCAACAAUCAUAUUUAUUAAUCAAUUGGGAUUACAAAGAGUAAUAGGAGAGGUUCUCAUUUGUCACAAAAAUCUUCCUGUACAAAACAGGAAUAAGUACAAAUAACUAUCUUAAUGUUUGAAUCUGUUGUUCUCAUCCUCCUUUCUAUUAUUGUUUCUCUUAAAUCUUCUUUGUUAAGAACAAGCAAUGUUCUUCAGUGUCUUUAAUGUACUGUUUAAUCUGGAGUAAAAUGGUUCUAAAUUUACUGAAGAGCGUAGUUGACAGAGAACAGGGCAAUAAAUCUAGAAAUGCUCAUGCAAAUUGUACACACACACACACACACACACACACACACACACACACACACACACACACACAUGGUAAUAAAGUGGCACUGUGUCAGGAAACAGAGAAAGCAAAGAGACACAACUAGUUGCCAGUAUACACCGUCUUGCCUUGAUUUUACUUCUUUUACCCUGAUAUAAUACAACACUUUAAUAACCAUAUAUAGGAAUUUCAACUAUGUAUUUUCAAAAUAUUGAAGUACUUUUCCUAGUUUCUUCUUGCUGAAUUGGCCAGGCUUCAACACGUUUGUCAUAUUGGUAAAACUAUAAUAACAUCUAUAAUACUUUAAAAUAUUCACAUUUACAAUACUUCUCGUGGUUUUGUUGUAAAUUUCCAAGAAAAGAAAAGUAGAGAUUAUCUAGAUACUACUAACAAUUUAGACACUUUGAACUCAGUGUUUUCCCUUGUGUCAACAUCAAUAAAUCACUGAAUUUGGUGGCCCUUUCUUGGGGAAGUGUUCUUUGUGAUAGAGGGAAAUGGAUAUAAUUGACAACGAGAACUAGAUGAACAAGAUGCAUGUUACUUUUGGUGGUAGGUCAGGGUAUAAUCAUGCCAUUAUUCUCUGAUGAAAGAUAUUAUUUAUUGAGUGUUUUUCUUUGAAGGGAGUACAAAAUUUGAAUUAAUCCAAAAAUCCAUUUUAUUUCACUAAUGGAUCUUUUAAAUUAAAAGUUUCCAAUGUUGUUCUUUGUUUUGGCUGUUGGCAUUGUUAUGGUUAUAGGCUAUUGUCACUAUAGACAUUUUUCUUAUGUCUAGCAGGAACAGGAAUGUAAAAUUAAACUAUUUGUUGUGAUUCUUCUGCUGUGCAGAAGGGGCUGAUAAUCCUUUUGUAUAUUUCUUUAGUUUUAUUGUAAAGUGUGUAAUGACUUUUACCUAUUUGCUGUGGGCAGGUCCUCAGUAGAUUGGCUUAUACUGAGUCAAGCUAUAGUAUUAACAGGCUCUUGCUUGCUGUUUGUGUUUCAACUGACAGGACUGUGAGACACUAGACAGCAAGGAAACUAACAAUAAUGGCAUGUGAUGGCAAAAUUGUAUUUCACUUAUUCCUGUGAAUAUUUCUUGUUGGUACCAAUGGUACUGUACAAAGUGAAUGUGAUAGCCACAACCUUUGAUUGAAAACAAUACUGUCAAGAAAUAGAAAUUUCUGUCUGAUAUUUUCUUGUUGUUCCUAAGCAUUCCUUGUCUUAACGAAAGAAAUACUUAUUUGAAAUAAAUAAGCCUUAUACUGAUUCACUGAAUUUUGUAAAAGCACUAUAUUCAAUUAUUGUAUCUGAUGUUUAUAGAAAAAAUUGAUCUAAAAUAAUUUGAGUAAAAUGAUAUCAGUUGAGAACUUUGUAACUACAACUUUUUACUAAAUUGCUUUUCAAGAUGGAGUCCAUAAAAGACAUUAGCUAUCAAUAGUUAACUGAAUUUACAAUCAAGAAUUUGCCAAUUACAAACCAAAUGUCCAAAUUUUGUAAACCCUGUAACUCUUGACAGUGUGACUUUAAAAACAUUUCCAUUUGCACAGAAAGUUUCUGUCUUUAGGAAACUGAAAAUGGAAUACUGUGGAUAUUAUGACUGCUUGUCUGUGUGUAAAUAGGAAAAUGAUAAGCUGCCUAUUGAGUGGUAUAGCUGGAUGCAUACCCCAAAAAGGGAACACUGUGGUUAUGACUUGUAUGAUAAAUCUCUGUAGUUAAUAAAGUUGUUAUUUUUAUAGCCAUAAUUAUAUUAUUAUUCUUAAUAAUAAUAAAAUAUUUUAUCAAAAUGCU